CGCAACGCAGGUUUUACUUGCCUGUGACAAUGUUAUCUGCAAAGAAAUGCUUCACCGACAGAAUAAUUGUUAGCGGAAGUGGACAACGCCACGCUCUUCAAUCAGUGCAGGCCACGAACGGUAUUAGACCUAACAACUUGGCGGGUCGCACAAAUGCCAUGAAGUACAGCGCGCACGGAACCAUGCGCACACACAUAAACAAAACGUGAUGUUCGAACUGCAACUAGUUUACGCGAAACAAAUAUGGAUCCUGUUUUGUGAGGCUCCACGCAACACAUUCACAGCUGGUCGCGUUUGCGCACGCUGAAAGGCUGUUGCAACACAAGCGAACACUGGAAAGCAGCGCCGGUGGAGAGCGACGAGUACGUUGUCGACGCCGCAAAAAUGGUUGAACGGAACGUUCGGAAUAAAAAAAAUUAACGUACUAGCGAGUUGACACAGUUCCGCCGCAUUUUGAACGGACAUCGCAAAAACCACACACGUUUUCAAGAACGACUACGCCCAAAACACGAGUACCCAACACGCGCAGCGGACGCCAAGCGGUGCCUGAAUCGGAACGUUCCCAUGAUUCCCGCUGAUUAAAUAACGCAUGCGCACUGGGGUCAUUGCAAAUGGCGGAUUCUGUUAUUGUUCCAUGGCGCACAUCACGGGGAUAAAAUUAUGCUCGAAAAAAUAUCUCAAGCAGAUAUGGAGGAAGGGGAAGGCCAGGACCUAGCCACCACAGUACUGACCUGUGAGGGGGACCUGCGCGACCCCGGAUUCCCGGGGCGUCUCCGGAGCCUCGUGCUGCGCCUCAGGGAACUCAUCUCCGAUGAGGAGCAGCCGUUGUGGGUGAAAAAGGUGGAGCCGUGGAACAGCGUGCGGGUGACAUUUACGCUCCCCCGUGAUGCGGCGCUACGGCUGCGGCAGCUGGCCCAGCGUGGUGACCGGGCACUCCGCGAGCUGGGCAUCCUCUCGGUGCAGGUCGAGGGAGACCAGAUCAUCAGUCUUACGCUUGCCGGCCGUUAUGGGGAGCCACCGAAGGAAAUCAUCAUCCAGAAAGCGGCGGAAGAGGGUGAGCAGGGUUCACCAACGUCCCCGCACAUGUCUGGAGUGCCAUCAUCCCCAGCUCUCGCUGCAGCAGCAUCCAGUCGUGCAGGCUCCUCCACCGCCCUGCCUGCAGAGCCUCCCUCCAUCCAGGCUAGGAGUCCCGCCUUUGCAGCGGCAGCAGCCGCUUCGACCAGUGGCAGCGGCAGUGCCUUUCGCUCUCCCAAUGUAGUCGCCCCACCUCCACGGGAACCACUGCCGUUUCUCUCAAGUGGCUCGUCGCGACUGGUGCGCCCCAGCACGAAGACCCGCCCGCCUUUCCCUUUUGCAAGCAUGACUCACUCGAUGAAGCAGAACAGCGCAGCGGCGGCAGCCGCCACGACGACGAGUGGGAGCAGGUUUCCGUUUUCACCUUCGCCUCCCUUGGCCGCAGCGCUUGGAGCGGCACAGCGGCUCGGCAGUGCGACGCGUGGCAAUGUGGCACUGUCUAGUCCGCUGCUGGUGAACCUCCUCCAGAGCGAGACAGGGUCUGGUGGUCCACAGAAGACGAUGAUGCCACCGCCUUUAGACACAGGCCAACCCACGAAACGGAAACGCAGGCCCCCCAAAGGGAGCCGGGGCAAAGAAGGCUGUUCCCCACCUGGUUCGCCAUCAUCACCGCCCCCCACAAGCCCGAGUUGCGAUGCUAUCAACAUUCUCAGCGGCCGUGGCUUCCCCCUGUCCUCCCACAUUCCUGCGUCACCACCCCGCAUGGCCCCGCCAACGGCAACGGUCUCUGUGGCCCCUCCUUCACCCCCUGCUGCGGCCGAGAGCCGCACGACUACUCACCUUAUCAACCCCUUCACUGGCCACCUAGAGCCCAUGCCUUCCGACGAAGAGGAUGACGAACCAGUUGUUCGGGAUCUUGAGACCUCGGAGUCCUCUGAAAAUGGAGGCCACUCGGAGCGCAGCCUCUCCGAUGGAAGCAGUGGUGGCAAGGAUCCAGGCAACCCUUCUUCGGACACGGACUCCGGCAUUGGGAAGUCGUCGUCAUCGCAGUCCUCCAACGAUCCUGAGCCGCCGCCGCGUGAAGAGGUGUCUCGCGUGUCUCUGCCGCCCACCGAAGGCGAGAAGCUCAAGCUACGGCUAAAACUUGACUCGAAGAGGAGCUGCCCUGUGAAGCCGGAAGUUGAAGCAUCGCCGCCGCCUUCGCCACAGGGCGAACCCCCUCGGGUUCCACCGCUGCACAUAUCUUUGCGGGGGCCGAACGUGGCGGUGGUGGUGAGCCCAAGGAAACCAGAAGCAGCCCCCAAGAAGCGCUCGCCACGGUCCCCUCGGUCGAGCAACAGCGCGGAAAGCAGCGGGGGUGGUGAUGCUCGGCGGGCCUGUCGUGGCACCAGGGCUCGGGGAGACAAGGCAGCCGAGCGGAUGCGGGAGCUUAGCUUGCUGUCAGGUGGCGGCAUUGUGCGAGUGCCUGUGUCCAUGUCGCCAACGGUGGUGUUGACACCACUGCAACUGCAACACCCGCUGGGCGCCGGUGGCACCCGAAGGACUCUACCAUCACCUUCUUCUUCUUCCUCUUCGCCCUCUUCCUCAUCGCCUUCAUCCGCCUCUUCUUCCUCCUGCGCACAGAGUACAAAACCCCACUGGUCUGCCACCUCACUGGGGCCAGAGGCAGACUCUUCCGUUAGCGAUGGUUCCAGCCCGCUGCGAGACCGUCCCGAUCUACCUCACGCCCUGCGGUCUGCAGACCAUGACACCGGCGCUGUCACACCUGCAACGACGAUGACAACAACUACCGUGACAGCGCCGCCACGUCAGGCCGGCAACGGCGAGCCUGCUGCAAACAGUGCCUUGGGAGCCCUCGAGUGCCACACAACGCCGCACCGGACAGCUUUGAGGCCCAGAAGUGUGCCAACGCCCGAGACCAACGGUGUGCUGCAUACUGACGAGGAAGAGCAGCGGUCGCCCAGCCCGUGUCGCGCUUCCCCUUCUUCCCUGGCCAAGAUGACAAUGGCGACAACGACGAGUGCAAUAGAGAAGAAGCCCCUCGCCAACUGCCUCGAGGGGCCCAUCACCAACCACGUAGGCUCAACGAAGGGCGACGGGGUCGACGAGCUCCGUGAGAUGGCCGAACGGAGGCUGUCUCCAACGCCCAUGGCCCGGAUCAUCUCAUUGGAUGCCGUCGCAGCCAAGAAGACAGCGUUUGGGGGCCCCGUCUUUGAGGUGUCAGACGUGGAUGUGCCUGCGGCACUCAAGCUGGGCGGUCUGGUAGGUGGGAACCACCGGAUGCCCCUGCUGAUACCGACAGGUGGCGGUGGUGGUGGAGCGACAUUUCGUGGUGAUGUGGUGCUUCGCCAAGAGUACGCCACCACUCACCACCCGCACCACCACCAUUUUCACUGCACCACGGCCAAUUCCGUCCUCAAGCCAGGCAUUGUGCGCAUGAACCGGCUCAGGUUCGGAGCGGGCUUUGCUGCUGCCACUGCCGCUGUUGCUGCCGCGGCUGCAGCAACAACGCAGGCGAGGGUAGAGACAACGGCGAGUGUGGCCGUGAAGUCUAACGGCAUCGCAUCGUCGCCACUGCAGAAUGAGUGUGACUCAACAAUAGACGCGGAGUCGAGCUUAGACUCGGACGACCUCAUCUCUAAUGGGCCAUCGUCAACAACUCCGGUGUCCCUAGUGGCAGCGUCAUCGCUGUCGGCAAGUGCAACACCACAGACGCUAUCAGCGGCAAGUGCAAUUGUGUCCAGGUCGGACGGGUUUUCGGAACUGCCAAUGUCUCGCGGCAGGUGCGACUCGGCGACCAAUGGCAGUGCGGAUUUUGUUGCAGUAGUCAGCAGUGACAACGGUGUGACAACGACAGGGAGGGCAGAGGAGAAUGGUGUAUCGCCGGACUCGAACCACGAGCUGCUACCACGUGACCCUUUAGGCCCCAGCGACACAGAUGGUGACAAGAGUGGCGAUGACGAGGAGGCGAGCUCAGCCCUUUCAGAGGAGAGAGGGAGCUCCAUCUCGCCACCGAGCGAAGACCCUUGCAGCAACAUUCCUCCAGACCGGCCGUCGUCUGCACCGUUGCCACCCGCCGCGCCCUCACCCCUUCCUCCCCCACCGUCGUCCUCCCCAGAAACCACCGCGGUGGUGGUGGCCUCUAGUCAGUCGAUGGCCACCCCGUCCGAGGCAGCAGCGCCCUCCUCGCUCUCGGCGGGGGCUCUGGUGGCGAGCUCCAUUUCUUCCUCCUCCUCCUCCUCCUCCAUGCCUUCCUCUUCUUGCUCCUCCCCCACGACAUGGGGCUCCACGCGACCAACGUCGGCCAACGCGGCAGAGGCGAUGCCAACGAUGCAGCCCUCGCCCUCCGAGCCUGCCAGCGGUGUGGCAGAGGUGCCUUCAAGCACGUUGCAGGUUCCUGGGGGCCAAAUGAUCUCGCCUUCCAUGUGGAGCACAGCGGGCAGCAGUGGCACCAGCAGUGAUCCACAGCAGCGGCUCACGUUCAUCUUCAAGGGCAACUUGACAGCAGCAACAACGGCCUCCUCGUCAUCCCCAACCAGCUGCCAUCCUGUGCUGGCCCUUCCAGCCGGGCCCAGCAGCAUACCUAAGACGGUUCCCAUCAAGCUUCUGGCACUUCCGUCAGGCACCUCUGGGCUUGCCCUCAAGUCGUCCCUGGCCGAGCUGAUCUCUUCUCCGGCCAGCCAGAAUGGCUCGCGGUCGUCUGUAGCCAGCGGAUCUGUGUCACCGCCGAUUCGACUGGUCGUCUCCAAGAUACCACCGACGGUCAAAGGUGCCAGCCUCAGCAGCCCAGCUGCCACAGGUGGCACUGCCAGAGCAGUGCAACCACCUGCUGCUCCACCGUCAUCAACUUCAUCGCCAUCUCUUGUGAACAUGGUCAUGAAGUCGGUGAUGGCCACAGCAAUUGCAACGACGAUGGUGGCACGGUCACCCCUGGAGACGAGCGCCGAGGCAUCCCCUAGUUCGGUGCUGUCUAGUACAGCGUCAUUCGAGCCAUCAGUGAAUGUGCCUGCACUGAUGCUGCCGGAGGAGCGGCAACCAGUUGUGAGUGGUGUCAGUGAAGUGCGAGGGGAAGCGCCCGUCGAACCAGACUCUCGGGAGGCAGCAGCGUGUGCAAUGGCGGCAACAUCUUCUGUGGUUGUGACUGAGGCAGACACAGGCGGAGCCGACGCGUCUGCCGAGGUGAUGGUAGGGGUUUCCGAGGCAGUUGGCAAAGGGGAGUGUGGUGGUGCGGAGAAGAGCCAGUUGUCUGCGGGUAUGGAGCGACUCUCGUCACCAACAUUGUUGCCGGGGGAUUGUACAGACAUGGCAGAGGACAGCGGCAGCGAGCUGGCGGUGCUGAGCCCCACGGUGAUUGCCAACCACAUUGGUUCGCCCCAGCUCCCCGAUUCCCUGUCGACCCUUUUAGACAUGGCGAUAGAUCCUCCAGACGACGAUGACGAGAGUGAGCCGGCAAGCAACCGGGCUUCGCCGGUGCCCGUGUCACUUCUGCUCACGAACCACAAGGACUCCGAAGAGGAGCCAGUGCCAGAACACGAAGCCGACCUAGAAUUGCUCCGGACAUGUCCCGAGGCUUCUGUUUGUGCUCCCGGUGAUGAACUGGGUGAUGACGGCCGUCUUCGGAAUCAGAGGCGACGGGCAGCACAAGUGCCAUCUCCAGCCACGGUCGAGGAAGGCGAGUCUGAUCACUCAAGCGAGGAAGAGAUGUCGCUGAGUGAGCUCGCGCACAAGUCUCGGGUGCGGCCGCCUCGGCCACAGCGGCAGGGAAAGGAGAACGAGGCGCUCACGACGGCGGCAGCUGCAGCAGCGGACUCCCCGGCACCGACGACGCGGCGGGAAGAUGGCGGUCCCGGUCGGCCACGACGGUUGACGGCAGCGGGGAGCGGGGAGGCCAAGGCUGCCCGGUCCAGGCUGGGACAGCAGCAAGCAAUGGCGAGCCAGCAGUCCCAGGCAUUGUCGAGCCCGUCGCCAAUGGCUGCAGUAGCUUCUCUUCCCGCCGAGGAAGCAUUGAGGAGAAACGCAGACCGGUCAAGGCGGUCUCCAGCCACAAUGCCGGCGGGCCGAGACCACCGGUCUCCUCCUCGACUGCCAAACCAGCGCAACUUCCGACGGGACUCUGAGGUCAGGGACGAUGAUGCUGUGGUUGUCAUGAAGAGAAAAACCAGGGCGUCCGGACCUUCCACAGACCCCCAGCAGGAGGCGGCAGCCCCAAACAAGCGGCGGCGCUACUCCAAAGACAGCCAUAGGUAGCAACCACCCACGGGGCCUUAGGAAUGCAAAAGAACACACCACCAUGUACACACGUGAUCGCGCGUUACACACACAUAACACACCGAACCCAAAAGAGGACACUGCUGUUGCUGUGUGCUACUACUGCUACUAUUGUGCUACCUGCUCUGUACCACUACUACUACUACUACUACUACUACCGCUGCUGCCGCUUCUCUGCGUCCGCGGCGGCGUCCUCGCAUAUUUUCCACCGGGGAGCCGUGCAAAAGAGGUUGCGCCUCACUCGUUAUAUUCACUCUUAGUCCUUCCGUUUUCCUUUUUUUUCUUUGUCCCCCCUUCCUCCCAGUUUCUCAGCUCCUUGCUGUCAACGGUCUCCUGCUUUUAAGUGACUGUUUAGCAGGCAUGUCCGGUCCAGGAAGGUUGUUCUCUCGUAGAAUGUCGGGCGGCGCUAGCGGUAAUGGAUAGCCGCCGCUUUCUUGCCCAAGCCAAGAGGAAGCAAAUAGCAUAGAGGCAGCGCCAGAUCCUCCUUUCAUGUCAUCUAGCUUGCCAUAUUUUUGUAGCAACACAACACAUUCCCGCUGUGGCAAGGAGGAAAGUGGGCGGGGCUCUCUCUCUCUCUCUCUCUGCACAACCACAGCUAUGCCACAGGCCCACAUGCAUAAGUGUGUGGUUUGUGAUUUCGUGGCCCAGCUCAUCCGAACUGCAGAGCUUGAAAAUUGGAAAAUUUUGUAUUUGCACAGCUGAAUCUGUCUGCCCCCUUGUGUUCAUGUUGUUGUUGCACUGAACUACUCGCGGUUGUUGACUUAGCCUCGGGUAUGGCCGUUGUGCUGCUUGUGCGGGAUGGAAAGCGUUCUUGAGGAAAUGGAAAAACCAGCCAGAUAAUCCAUCGCGAGGCUGACAUUUGUUGGGUCGUGCAAGUCACCGAUAAGUGGACAAGACAUUUCGAGAAACCUUUCUCUUUAAAUUUGUUCUAACACAGCACAUUCAGAGAUGAUAUGCAUCUUUAGAAUUUUAGGCUAGUUCCCAACUUCUUUUUUUUUCUCUUCAUUGUCUUGCUCAGUCAUUACUGUAACUCUGGGCUGCCUUUUUCUUUUUAUAUAUGCAUGUGUGUAAAAACACAGGCAUUACCUAUGGAAGAUGAAAGGCUUACAGUUGUGCAUAUGACCAUAUUAACUUCGUUGACAGGUGCUGCCUUCUAUAAUAUGAACUCCCAUCCCUUUAUACAGAUAGGCGCUAGCUUUUGUGCACAGCAAUGCUGCAUUUUCUUGCACUCUAUGCCUAAUUUAGAGAAAUUGGCUUCUAAAACCUUAUUCACGAAAAAGAAGUUUUUAUGUUUAAUUUGUUCGCAAGAGCAGGUACCAGCCACUCGUGGCCUAACAGCUCUUACUAAUGAUAAGCUCUGAAUUUUGACCCUGCUUUUCUAGAACAUAAACUUUUUAAAGGCUCCCUGCACCCAGCCGCUCUGCUCUGAUUUUUCUUGGCUUUGCGGCAAGAAAGGGGCAUGCUUCCGUAUUUGGGGAGAGGAAGUCUGACAUCGUCACAGUCACGAGCAUGUGACCAGAUAGCGUAGCACAGGAACGCAUGCAAAAAAGAUGGAAGGGGCAGAUUCGAGUUGAGGUAGCAUCUUGUGGCCUGGAAUGCAAAUAUGCUCUGUCUCCGUAAUAUCCACACUGGCAGGACAGUUAUCUCUCGUGGCCACCAGAUGAGGGCCAGUGUGUAACAGAGCCACAUUGGCAGUUUGUGAUAUGUUACAUAGCUAUACAUGUGAUGGGCUUCAGUCAACUUGCAAACUUGUGACACUGUAUGGGCUUGCACGUGACAGCCACAGAGUAACCAUAUCUUGUGACAUUAUUUGGUCAUGCUGGGAUAACAGCUUUUUCUUUUAAUGUGACACUAUUUAGCCAUGCCAGAUGACAGCCAACAUGCAACCACCAUUGAGCUACCCUGGCAGUUUGUGACAUUACAUGGCCAUGCAUGUGACGCUAUCUGAACGUGCAUGUGACUGCCAUGGGAGUCACUUUUUAAACUUUUACAUUAUGUGGCCGCACACUUGAUGGCCACCAAGUAAGCGUAAGUACCUUGCGACGUUAAAUUACCUUACUGGAGAACAAUUUCUCCUUCUAACGUUACGUUAUCCGGCUGUGCACGUGACUGCCACGGAGUCACCUUCUGGAGUUUGUGACGCUAGUUGGGCCCGUAUGUGACGGUCACCAAGUCGCAUUUGGAUCAUGUGCCUAUGCCUGGCCAUGCUGGAGAACAGCUUCUGCUCUUAAGUGAGACAUCUGUCUGUGCCAGUGACCGGCAUUGAGUCGCCUUGAAGAAAAGUUUGUGACGCUGUCUGGGCCCGUGCGUGACGGACGCCUGGCUGUGCUAGAAAGCAGAGUUUCUCUAUGUACUUUGCUCGGUGUACGGAAAGUGAAAGCCGACGGACGUCCCUUACUGAUAGGUAGUGAAGUAAUUUGGGCUUUCUUGAACUCUGUCCUGGGCAAAUGACAGUUGUUGAGAUAUUAGUGACCAAGGGGUGGAUCUUCUAAUGACUGUGACAGUGCUUAGGCCGGUCGCGAUGCAAUGCUUCAUUUUAUUCUCUGUGACCUUUUCCUGCCCCCCCCCCCCCUUCUAUUCCUUUCUCCCAUCCUAGUGAGAUAUCUGUGAAACAUACACAUACACACACAAAAAAAGAGAGAGCUAGUGAAAAAAAGUUAUACAUAGACGAAACUGGAUGAUGUACUAUAUCUGUGUACAGAAAUGUGAAUGACACUAAAGAAAGGUAGGCAAGUGUUAUCGCUCUGCAUAUAAUAGUUUUUUGUCUACCUUUUACUUUUUUUUCCUCUCUUGUCAUUCGCAUUUAUUUUCUUGUUGUCUUUUUCACCAUUGUGUUUGUUUGCAUAGGUGCGUGUGUGGAUAAAAAAGGAAGGGCGUAGAGGGUUUUUCUCUUAAUUUUUUUUGUCUCUACACGCUUUUUGCUGCCAUUGCAUUGUAAAUACGUCAUGCCAUAUAAACACAUCUGGCGCAUUGUACAGAGAGUGCAGAAACUUGUGUUGUUGUUGUGUGUGUGUUUUUUUCUUUCUUUUGUUUUUUGCCAUCUUUGCGGAGGCAACGGAACCACAGAUGAAAGCGGCGAUUGUGACAUGGUUCCCACAUGCCGACAGCUGGAUCAUUUUUGCGUUCAGUUCAUUGCACAUGCCUGUCGCCGUGGAAAUUUUUUUUUUAGCUUUUCUUUGCAAACCUGCUUACAUUAUAUUUCUCCUGCCCCCUUGUACAUCAUUGUUAAGUCAUACAUCCAAUUUGUUCCCUCUUGUGCGCCCCCAAGAGAGACAAGAGCUUUGACACAGAUUUUUCAUCAAACAACCAUGCACGCACGCGCCUAGCAUGAGUUUGUGUAACUGUAUAUAUAGAGAGAAAGAUCCAGUGCUUAUGUUAUUAGUUUCUGUGUAUUUCUCCCCCUCCCCUCAUUUUUUUUUUCCUUGCUGUUGCCGAGUCAAUGAUUUGCUACUACUUUAUAUAUUUUUUCCCUCCCUUUUUUCCUUGGCAGGUUUUAUGGGAAUCUGUAUGUUCUACAUUUCUUCAUACCUGUCCCCCUUUCUCUCUGACUUUCCUUUGCUGUUUGUCUACUCUUGUCAUAGUCCUUACGUCCCACCACCUCCAUCAACGUUCACACUUGCUCUCGUUUUUACAAGAAAAGUCAUAUUUCACUCUCCCAUCAAAUUCGUGUGCUAUGUGUGUGUUCUUUUUUUUUUUUGUGCACACAGAAAGAGUCCAGUCAAUGCGUCGAAAUAACGGUUUUCGUGCCAAGGGAAAAAGAAAAGGGGAAAAAAAAAAGACAAGGCAUUUCGAUUGAGGCUGGAUGGCAGGCAAACUCUGGGUUUCGUGACUUAUCUGGUCACGGGUAUUUGUUGGGAGAAAUAGCCAGCAGUAUGUGUGUGCUUCCUAGAGCUGUUUGGAACUUGCAAAUUCACUCUGCAUCUCAACUUCCCCACGUCGAUUUCAAGUCACUCAUUUGUCGCUUUUUUUUUUUCUGUUGUCGACGUUUGACCCUAUUUAACUGUGUUGUGUUGCACAAAGAACAAAUUCACGAACGCUUGUGGCGCUUAGCUAUAGUUACCUUUCUCCCCUCUCGACCCCGAGUGCAGGCUGUGAUGUUCUGCACUUGUAUUAAAGCACGCCGCUUGAAUGGCAGUGAUAUAGCUGGUGACAGCCUAGGAAAGCACCACCGUCCAACUCAAAAAGACAACUUGCGUUACAUGGGCCAGCCAAUGGACAAUAUGCAGAAUUCCUUAAGCAGCCUUUCUCGAACAUCUGACGGCCCAAACCAAUAUGCUCACCUUGAUGUCGCAGGAUACUUAAGGCUUUUGUUUGGGCCUGGAUAAGUUUUUAGCUGUAAAGGUGAAUUACGUAGUAUUUAAAAGAGCAAGAGACUGAAUAUGGCAAGCUUGAGCAAGUUUGACUGGCCCACAAUGGUACAAAUUUAAAAGAACAUUGAGGUCCAGGACAUCAGCUUCGCUUACCAGAGCUCAGGCUCCUGCAUGAAAUUAAAAAGAAACUGGACCUUUGCUCUUCAUUAUCCCGCUGAUAAUCAAUUUCUUGCUGCAAGGUUAAUGAAAAUAGCUUUUCAACAAUGCUUUAUUAGCUUUAGUGUAAGUGUCCUUUUAAAGCCAAGACUUUCUUUGAAAGCUUGGGAUAGUGUGGGGACUGGAGGGCGCAAGGAACGGUGUCACUAGUUUUGCGUGUCGACACCUUAAUUACGAUUCUAGCCCGCGGUUCACCAUGCUGGUUAGGUCAGACUAGGUUUGUGGAAAGAGCACGCUUGCUGUUUUUUUGCAUAUUGUCCUAUUACAUUCACUCAUUCCCUCGACGACGUGGUGAAGGCAAACAUUUAUCGCUGUCAGAGUCUCUUGGCAACUGUGUUUUGGGUACGCGGAGUGAAGAUGCAACGUGGGUACCGAGUCGAAUUGGAGCUUGUACUGAAUUUUUAGGUUAUUGCCGACUGUAGUUGCCUUUCAAGUUAUGUUAUUUUCAAAGUAAGCAAUACUUCUCAAGUCGCCUACCAGCAAGAAAAGCCAUCGUUGAGGCAAGCCUCCAGUGAUAAACUCAAGAGAGGUACCAAGACUUUGAAUGAAGCUGCAAACAGAACGUUUCCCAAUUUGAACUUUGUAUUUGUUUUUUGGCGGUAAUGGGGUUGCUUCCUGUUUAGUUUCAGCGAGUCUUCAGUAGAAACUUCAAUUUGUUCUUCCCCCUGGCUACUAAAUAUAUAAAUAAUUUCUGACGCACGCGUCGAAGCCCUUGGAACUCCAGUUUCGGUCAUUCACAUGAAAAAAAUAUAUAUAUAUAUGUAUUAAUAGUUUUCAGUUGAAGUACUCAAGCGUCUUGAUUUGCUGCACCAAAGCACCUGUUAAGUUUCUCAGCAUAAAAAACAAGGAGGUAGUCAAGUGCGCGAAACGAUUGCAGCAUGCAAUGAGGAGUACUGAGGGCUUAGGCGCACGUAGGUGGAAUAGCAAAACAUGUAGUUCCGAGACUCGCAGUGGUUGUAAGCUAGUUAAGUGCAUCGCGUCGAAGAGAAAAAUGCCCCCCCCCCCCCCCCCCCCCCUCCUGAGAUUGUGCUCGCAGAAAAAUAUCCCCUUUCCGCCCUGCAGGAGCGGGCCGAAAGUCUAUGAACGCGCAGCUCUUGAGAACAAAAAUGAAAACUACACCAAGUGAAACUACUCAGUGUAGUUGUUAGCCAAAGCCUUGGUGGUAGUAGGGGGGGGGGAGUACGAAGCACAAAAUGAGAAGGGUACAGAGUGAGAAAAGUAGAAGAACCGUUGGCGCCUUUUGCUGUUGAUGCAUUUUUCCCGCUUUACCCGCUCACAUGGUCCCGCCUCGUCGUCUCUCUAGUAAAAUCUCUUCCCCCUCUACCUAUUUUUUUUUUUUAUUCUCUAGCUUCACGUUAGGUUUCCUCGGAGGCUGCAUGCCAUGUACAUAGACACAAUUUCUUUUUUCUCUUUCCAUCACACCGCUCUCUCUCUCUCACUUUCUGGCUGCCCACUGUACAAAACCAUUUCCGGGCACGAUUUUGUUUCUGUAGUUACGAGAGCGGGUACCUCUGAGCAAGAUGAAAAGGCCUUAUGAUGAUGCAAAAGAGAGAAAGAAGAUAAUAAAGCACCACCUCCCGUUAGCAGUAGCAGGGCGAUGCUGCCUUGGUUUUCGGCACUGACCAUUUUAUAUUGCUUCCGCCCCCCCUUUCUCGAAAAAAAGUGGUGGUCUUGAGGAAGUGUCCCUGUAGACUUAUUUCACAGGUUUCUUAUGUUGGGCUGCCCAUUUCCUGAAGAAAUGUCCAUGUAUUUGUUCCCAGUAGUCGACUUGUGUCGACUGUUCAGCAGUUUGCCAUCUCCCUUGUCAGCGGGCCUGCCGGUUAGUUUGUUUUAGACAGGUGGAGCAGCUCGCAUUUGCCAACAGAGGUAGAAAUGCAUGGUUAGUGCGCUGCCCAUUUCAUUUCCGGUGACAGUACUAGUAGAUUGAGAGCAUGCUCAAUUGGACCACGAGAGCAUGUACUGCCAACUACAGCAGGAUCUCCAUGAUAUGAUAUGUAAGAUUAUCCAGAACAGCAACAUCAGAAUGUUGUUAUUGGGACACUUUCCCUGUUCUCUUCCGUGAUGUACAAAAUCUGGAAACUGAGGUAACCAUGGUUGUAUUAUAAUGGCAAGGUUCUGCUGUAGUCUUAUUCAGUCAGUCGCUCAAGCUGAUUGAUUGGUUACUUAUAUGUAGCCACUUCUGAUUGGAAGGCCGAUCAAACAUACUUGUGCGAAAGCUUUAAAGUUGAAGACUGUAUUCUACGCUUCUGCUAUUUUUUUUAUCUCCACAGUCAAGCGAGUGCAAGUUGCUCCGGUUCACAAGCGGGCCUAAGGCAUCUCAAGUGCAACCCAUCACAGGGCAGUGUAACACUGGGGUAUCACUGGUAUAAAACAGGUUCAUCAAGCAGGGCUCAAGCGUGAACGGCUUUUCUUCCUUGGCUCCCUUUUGCUGCCUCCCCAUUCCUCCCCUUAUAUUUUUAUGGAACUCCUGUUUGUUUGUUCUUACCUUCUCCUCGGCUAUAUAUUUGUUGUUGUUGCAUCAUGCUUUCCACUUUUUUUUUGUCAGAAUCUUGUAACUGCCUUGUGAAUAUAUUUGUACAUUUGCUGCAACAUCUCUGUAUAGAAGAAAAAAAAAAGAACCACAGACACUAUGCCUGCAGAUUGUAAUGAAGAAAAAAACUUUUUAUGGUUUGUUGUGAGUUUUCAUACCGGUAUUAAAAACUGUCACUUGAA